AUGAAAUUAUCGCUUCUGGAGAAUCAGUGUUGGAGGAGCUCGGGCUCUGGUCGUGGUGGAAUACCAUCGUCAUAUUUUAGAUGGGCACUCGAGAGCAUGCACAUGCACCUGGACAUUCCGUGGUGGCUGACAAUCGUCGCAACGACCAUAACCUUGCGUGCCCUUCUAAUAGGGGUGCCAGUGAUGUCUCAGAAACUAGUCGCCAAACAAUCAAUGUAUCGAAAAGAGAUGAACGAGUUUCGCGAUCGAAUUGACGAAGCGAGGAAGGAGAAUAAUCAGCUACUCCAGCAGCAGAUUCUUCUCGAGCAACGCGACUUUUUGCGGUCCAAAGACAUCCGAUUGGGACGUCAAUUUAUGGUUAUGGCGGCGAACGGUGCCGUUUUUGCCACCCAGUUCUUUGCUAUUAAGAAAAUGGUAGCUGUCAACUAUCCGGGACUUUCGGAAGGCGGUGCCCUUUGGUUCACAGAUCUCACAGCCACAGAUCCCUACUACGCACUUCCAUUCAUUUCUGCGGCCACCAUGGCACUGGUCACUAAGGUUGGAAUCGAAAUGGGCACGACGGCUGACCAGAUGCCGCCUGUGAUGAGAGCAUUCAUGAGUUACGGACUGCCGGUCGUCAUUUUUGGUGUCUCUUCGCAGUUUGCUACGGGUCUGUGUGUCUAUUGGACAGCUUCAAACGCCGUGUCUCUCAUCUACGCAGCCGCCUUCAAAGUCGACGCGAUUCGUAAUAUUUUUGGAAUUCCGCCAGUCGUUCCAAUGCCAAAAACCGCCGUACAAAAGUCGGCAUUCUCACAGGUUCUCAAAUCGUAUAAAGACAACAAAUCGAUUCCACCGUCGAUCGCUGAUCUCCGACAACGCGACGCGACGUCGUUCAAGAAAGCGGGACGUGGCAAACCGAUCACAUAA